GCUGCUGCAGAGGCGCAAUUAUACCCCGACACGCUACACACAAGCCGCUACUCACUGCUGCGCCUCUUUACUAUCAGCGUGUGACUGGGAGGAGAGGAGGCGGCUCCCCCUACGUUGUGACAGUCGGGCAGUCCCAGUGUGCGGAGGCAAAGUGACAGACAGCCCCAUCCAUGCAGCAGCGGAGGGGAGGAGAAGGGAGCGUGGCUUUGUGUAGUGGAGACAGGAUGGUGCUGCAGUGAGUGCGCCCGGCACUUGUUCUCACCCCCUCGCUGCACCUCCAGCCGGUUGUUACACAGUGAGUGCAGCAGCCCCAUGUGGAGCAGAGGCGCCGGGAAAGGGAACUCAGUCUUAUUCUGUGGCUGCAACGAGACCAACGAGACGCAGCGGCACCGGGGAGCGCAACAAAGAGAUGGCAGAGGGCCGGCACUGCAAGAUUCACCUCUUAGACGACCGGGAGCUGGAGUUGCUGGUUCAGCCCAAACUCUUAUCCCGGGAGCUGCUAGAUCUGGUGGCCUCACACUUCAGCCUGAAGGAGAAGGAAUAUUUUGGAAUUUCAUUCCUGGAUGACACAGGUCAGUAUGCCUGGCUCCAGUUGGAUCAGCGAGUUCUGGAUCACGAUUUUCCAAAGAAAUCGGGGCCCGUGCAGCUCUACUUCGUUGUAAGGUUUUACAUAGAAAGCAUAACAUUCCUUAAGGAUAUUACAACGGUGGAGCUAUUUUUCCUGAAUGCCAAGGCCUGUGUGUUCAAGGGCCAGAUAGAAGUGAACAGCGAGAUCAUAUUUAAGUUGGCUGCGCUCAUUUUACAGGAGGCCAGAGGAGACUACAGCAGUGAUGAAAAUGCAAGAAAAGAUCUGAAGAUUCUGCCAGCGCUGCCCACCCGAACCUUGCAGGAGCACCCGUCCCUUUCCUAUUGUGAGAACCGGGUGAUUGAACACUGUAAGAAGCUUAAAGGCGUCACCAGAGGACAGGCCAUUGUCCGGUAUAUGAAAAUAGUAGAGGCGCUGCCGACAUAUGGAGUUCAUUACUACAAAGUAAAGGACAAGCAAGGGAUCCCCUGGUGGCUGGGAAUUGGCUACAAAGGAAUCGGCCAGUACGAUAUUCAGGAUAAAAUCAAACCCAGAAAGUUAUUUCAGUGGAAGCAGCUGGAAAACCUGUACUUCAGAGAGAAGAAAUUCGCCGUGGAAGUGAACGAUCCCCGAAGAAUCUCCGCAUCAAGAAGAACCUUCGGGCAGAGCAGCCUCGUCAUUCAGACAUGGUAUGCCAGCAACUCCCUCAUCAAAUCCAUAUGGGUGAUGGCAAUUAGUCAGCACCAGUUCUACUUGGACAGAAAGCAGAGCAAGGCAAAAAUCCCAAGUGCAAGGAGUCUGGACGAUAUCGCCAUGGACCUGACCGAAGCCGGAACUACUAAAGUGGCCAGAAUAGUCGAAGGAAAAAAUCUAAUCAUGGCGAGCAGCGGCAGCCUCAUCUCCUCAGGUUCCCAAGAUUCUGAAAUCAGCGACGAACACAGAAUGGAGAAAAUUCAGGAGCUAAAGAAGAAAGAGGAGGCGCUGCAGAACAUCCUGCUGAAAAAGAUUGAAGAGCUGAAGAAAAUAUGCCUACGAGAAGCUGAGCUGACAGGAAAGCUUCCUACGGAAUAUCCACUGAAUCUUGGGGAGAAGCCCCCCAAUGUACGAAGGCGAAUGGGAGCAAUGUUCAAAUUGAAUGAGAAUAUUCUUCACUCGGAUGAGGAUCCUGCCUUACAAGAGCUGGAACACAAAUUCCUCAUUCAGCAGCAGCUGGUCGAAGCCACCAAGAAACUGGCCUCCGAGCCUGAUCUGAGCAAAAACGUGAAAAGGAAAAGGAAGCAGGACUAUAGCAACUCCAUCAAGAAACUUCAAGAACUUGAAAGUACCAUCAACGAAUUCAGAAUCAAGAGUGGGAAAAUUCCCACCAAGAGGGCAUCUAUGAUCUUACAAGACGAUAUCAUCCCAUCUGAAACCAGCUCCUUGUCUGAUACGACGACGCUGGACGACGAUGAAUCACAGUUUCCCCAAGGUCAGAGGCUGCAUAACUCGCCCACCGUGCACCUCACCAAGUCCAUAGGAGGAGACCGAGGUCUUCACAGAAAGUGUUCCCUCAACGAGCAGUUUUCGGAGAUGCGGGUGACGAGAGAACCGUCAUCAACGCACAGCAGCCCGUACAAGACCCAGGAGAGGAAGCCACACGGAGGCAGAAGUAUGCCUUCCACGCCUGUACUAACUCGCAACGCCUUCAGCAGCAGUCACCUCCAGAACGAGGGGGCCCCUCAAUACGACAGGCAGCGGCGAGGCAGUUUGGAAUCCCAUACUCCCGUCCUUACAGACACCGUGGAUGGAACGCCCGCAUUCUCCAUCUCAAAGAGUCAGCGGAGCAACAGCACGGAGGUGUUAGACGACGGUUCCUCCUGCACCAGCCAGUCAAGCUCGGAAUAUUAUUCGACUCCCCCCAAGCACAACCCCUGUUACACCACUCAGACCCUGGACAACCGCUCCAGAGACAGACGGAGACACAAGAGACAGAAUUUCGCUGCCAAUUCAGGGAGUAUGCCCAACCUGGCACAAAGGGGCCCCAGGAACAGCAUGUACCAAACAGCCCAGAACCAGCCUACGUCCAACUACUUUAUUCCUGGAUAUUCCCCUUACCCAGAAACUGACCCCUACUACAAUGGCGGCUACAUUUAUGAGAACGAUACGGAGGGGCAGUACAGCGUGAAUCCCACCUACCACUCAUCCAAUCACUAUGGCUAUGAGCAGUACAGGGACGUACGAUAUGAUGGAGACCAGUUCAUUCCCUCUCAGAACCCCUAUGCAACACUCAGGCACCCCAGGAAAAACCCAGCUGCAAAGACAACGGAACAGAUCACCAAAAAUAUUAAAAAGGCCAUUGUGGAAGAGCAUCUGAGGGGCUGGUACCAGAGAGCCUCCUAUCAGAAGGACGUUGGACUGCAGGGCAUUAUGGAAGUGGAUCGGGGAUCACAGCGGAGUUUAUGCUUUGCCUCAAUGCAUGUCCCUUCCUCUCCCAGCACCCACGCUCCAUCCUGCUCCUCAGUAUCUUCUUCAAGCACACUGGGAAACCGACGGGUCCAAAAUAACGCUUUGGUGUAUUCGAACCUGCACACUGGACCUGCCCCCCCGUACACUGGAUACUCCACGGCAUACAGCACCACAACUAGAACGUACUUUGCUUACCCUGCUCAGAUGGACGAGGCUGAUAUUGUCCCACUGAAUGAAGAUCUUCUUCCAAUUGAUCAAGAGCUGAUGUGGCAUGAGGAUUCCAAACCAGGGACCUUAGUUUGAACCCAACAAACUCUUUAUUUUGGAGGCUUUUUUCAGCCCUUUCCACCUCACGUGCCUUGCACCCCCAGAUCUUUCCCGGUUCCACCGAUGCCUCCAAGGCUGACCUUGGAAGGUUCCAAAGUUGCGGGGGGGGGGGGCGACACCAUACUGAAUAGACUGGCAAGGUGGAGUUUGUUGCAGAAGACCAUAGCACUUGGAACUGUAGAUGGCAAGCACUUUGUGACAACUGGCUAAUGGCUAGGGUUAGGGUUACCUUCAAAAUGUGAAAGUGGACCUCUUCCAGGAGUUGCCAAGAGCGGGUCCCAGGAGCAGACGGAGAAUACAAGAUGGGUGAGGGGUGGGGGUGCUAUUGGCUAUUUAGAUGAAGGAUACAAAGCACCAUCAGGACUGGAAAUGUGUUUAAUUUAUAGAUUUGUUUUUUAAGCUUCACUUAGUUGCUUCCAAGACAACAUGCAACAGACCUUGUAAAUACAGGACACGUACAGAUUUUGGCACUGGUUUGUUUUUUAAAUCUCCCAACGCAUUUUAAACUUUGUAAGACUUUCCUUCCACUACUCACCUUCUGUAUGGAUAUCCCGUGGUACAGCUCGGUUUUUAUACAAUAUCACAGCUACUUUUAUAUAUGGAAUUUGUUUAAAAAAAUCUGCUGGUCAGGUAUCAAACUUCUCAUAUUAUUUACAAUAAAAAUGGUUCUCGCAUUGG